AUGCCUCGCAACGGAGACGGUUCUUCUGACAAUGGCCCUUUUGAGGCUGCCGACCACGACAUCGCCCACGGCGUUGGCAAGCCCGACUCUGACCGCGUCGACCGCGCUGACAAGACCGCCGACCUCCCCGAGGGCAAGGACGAGCAUGGCCAGGGUCUCCAGGACGCACCUGCCAGCGGAGGCCAGAGCCAGGGCAUCAAGCAGGGCAAGGACGUUGGACAGGGCAACUAG